AUGAAGAAAAGAAGUGAAUAUCUUCCUCCCGGACCUCCUGGCUGGCCUAUUGUGGGAAACCUUCUACAGCUGGGGAAAAACCCAAAUGAAUCAAUGUGGGCUCUUUCUCAGAAAUACGAUCCUCUCAUGACUCUCUCUCUCGGCAUGAAAACUGCUGUGGUGGUUUCAUCCUCUGAAAUGGCAAAGGAGAUCUUCAAAACCCACGACAAAAACUUUGCAGGACAGCUUGUGUUAGAAGCAGUCAAGGUUCUUUCUCACCACAAAUCCUCAAUAGUGUUUGCUCAGUAUGGAGAUUACUGGAGGAAAUUGAGGCGAAUCGCCACCACAGAGCUUUUCUCUACCAGCAGACUCCAAUCGCUACAACAUCUCAGAAGAGAUCAAGUCUCUGACAUGAUUCGAAUGGUCUUCGAGAAGAGGGGACAAUGUUUGAACAUUGCACAUUUGGUGUUCUACGAGGGUCUCAAUCUCAUGAGCAGCGCCAUCUUCAGUAAGAACUUUUUCGAUCCCAACAAUCCAGACCCUGCAGAAUUGAGGAACACUUUUACUAAGUCGCUGAGGUUGGCCGGAAUACCCAAUUUGGCCGAGUUCUAUCCAUUUUUGAGAUUCCUGGACCCUCAGGGCGUGAGCCGUGGUGUGACCGUCCAUAAUAAGCGACUACAUAAGUUGUUAGAUGUAUUCAUACAAGAUCGGCUGGCGGCGAGGAGGAGAGGCGUGGAUCUCCCCUAG